AUUGUGACAUUUUCGAUGCGCACUUUCUGUCUAUCGCACCGAAGCUACGCGGCUCACUCAUGCGCGGCAUCUGGAAACAAGGACUUUCGAGCCCUGGUGUGUCCCCUUUGCAAGAACACAGUUCGCUUCAACGGGGGCCAGGACCCCAAUCAGCAGUGGGAUUUGCACACGAGAACAGACUGCAACCCCGAGGACUACAAGAGGAACAAGCCGACGAAGAAGAGAUGCGCAGCGGCGAGCUGUCGAGUGGUACUCGGACCAACCAACGCACAACGGUGUGCCAGCUGCUGCAAGGAGACGUGCUUGACACACAGGUUCCCGGACAGUCAUAACUGCAGCGCUUCCAGCCGUGGCGAUGCGAGGGGUCCCGCAGCGGCCGCUGCUGCUAGGCGAAUGGCAUCCCAGGCGAACCAAUCGCGUCCGAUGUCGCUGAGGGAAAAGGGAGCACAGAAGAGGGCCGCCGCAUCGUCCCGCCGCGACGCUGACGCGAACACGGCUCGGGCUACCGCCGAUCGACGGAGAAGGGAGAACCCGGCGGCUCAAGCACGAAGCUUCGGGGGUAGUGGCGGGCAAAGCGAGCAAUGCCCGCAAUGUGGCGCUAAAUUUGGCGAUAUCGGAUCGCUUGUAGCUCACGCAGAGGCCUUCCACUCCGAGGGGCAGCAGUUUCGAGCACACGGCGGUGGCGGCAGCGGAGGUAGCAGUAGCACAGGAGAGACUUGCCCAAUCUGCAAUCUCCAUUUUUCUGACGUGGCGCUGCUGGUUUCACACGUGGAGGCGGUACACCCGGACGGUGCUCGGGGGGGUUCGACUUUGCAGGGCGCAACGUCCAGCGGGGCAAGCUCUUGCUCAAUAUGUUGACUGUCUCGCGCGCUGGUGGCUCUUGUGUUGUGGAGAGAGCCAGAGAAAAUUCUGCACGAGACGCUUUUUCGAGACGUGUACGUUUUGCAGCACACGUGCAGAUUCUGUUUCGUAGAAAAGAGUCUUGGCGACCAGAGUGUGGUGAUCCUGUGCGCGCUUGUACGCGAUUAUUGCCGCGCACCGGCUAGUUCUUCGCAUGGUGAGAAACGUUGCGGAGACCGAAUCGUUCCGGGAGGGUAGGCUUUCAUUCCCGAUAGUUGAACGGACGGGGCGUUGCAGGCUGCCGUUGAAGGGUUCAACGGGAAAGCUGCUGUUCGUGUGUUCUCAUUCUCACAAGUCGAAGGUACUAGCGGGAGUUUUGAAGGUUGUGUACCUCACGAUGUGUUAUACGAUAAAACGCUGAGCUACAUUUCGAUUUUCGAGUGCCGGAGGCCGGAAUCGCUUUUUCGUGGGUUUCAUGAGGGCAUGAUAUGAUGUGUGUCGGGGAAAGGCAGGCAGUGUUGUACGCGUGCGUUGCGCUCGCCCACCUCAGCGACACUUUCCAAGGCCUCGCGAUCGGAAUGCUUGCAAAUAGUAUGUGGAACACAGGUAUUCAU